UUUAACAGAUGUCUUGUUUAGGCAAAAAAGGCUCUGUAUCUGUCUCUAUCUCUGUGUGUCUUUACCUAUUAUAUACAACGAAUGUUCUAAGACUCCUGCCAUUGAAUUAUUGCAUAUUUGAUCAUUCUUUGGAUACACACACACACCACAGUAUGGCUUCUCUACUGCACUACUUUGCUAUGCUACAGUUGCUACUUAUUGUCAUGCAUUGUAGUGUAGCAAUAAACCCAAGCCCACCACAGCCCUACGUCAUUUACAUGGGAAGGUCUUGGAGUGCCGGUGGAAUUGGCGACCACGACUCCAAUCAUCUGCAGCUCCUGUCAUCAGUAAUUCCAAGCGAAGAGACUGACAGAAGAGUUUUGUUGAACUCCUAUGGUCAUGCUUUCAAGGGCUUCUCCGCGAUGCUCACAGAGAGUGAAGCAUCUGUUUUAUCAGGCCAUGAUGAGGUUUUAUCGGUGUUCCCUGAUCCGAUUUUGAAGCUUCACACGACGCGUUCCUGGGAUUUUCUUGAAGCAACAGAAUCCCAACUCAGAUCAACACUCCCUCAUGAGCAGAAGUCAUCUGAUGUGAUCAUUGGAGUGAUAGACACAGACUCGGAAAUCUCUUCAUUCGCCGUAUCAGGUAUAUGGCCCGAGUCGCCAAGUUUCAGCGAUCAUAACAUUGGCAAGAUCCCAUCAAAGUGGAAAGGAGUUUGCAUGGAAGGCCCAGAUUUCACCAAGUCGAACUGUAACAGGAAGUUGAUAGGCGCAAGAUUCUAUUCGAACCACGCUGUCCUAACCAGAUCAAACCAAACAAUUGCAAGUCCACAUCCAACUCAGACACAAGGUGGCUCUCCAAGGGACUCACUUGGCCAUGGGACACACACCUCAUCGAUUGCAGGAGGAUCACCCGUCGAAAAUGCCAGUUACUACGGCCUUGCACGUGGCCAAGCAAGGGGGGGCCUACCCUCUGCCAGGAUCGCUAGCUACAAGGCGUGCACGCAAGAUGGGUGCACAGGCUCUGUUAUACUGAAAGCCAUAGACGACGCCAUCGGGGAUGGAGUUGACAUCAUCUCCAUUUCCAUUGGCGGUAGCUCAAUUUUCCAGUCCAGUUUUCUGACCGAUGCUAUUGCCAUCGGGGCCUUCCAUGCAGAGCAGAUGGGAGUUGCAGUGGUUUGCUCAGGUGGGAAUGACGGACCGAAUCCUUACACGGUUGUUAACUCAGCUCCUUGGAUAUUCACUGUUGCUGCAUCCACCAUCGACCGCAAUUUUCAGUCAACUAUACUGCUGGGAAAUAACCAGUCCUUCAAGGGAAUGGCAAUCAAUUUCUCACCUCUAUCAGUUGGAAGAAGAUAUCCUCUUGCUUUUGGAGAACAAGUUGCAGCAAAAUUCACUCCAGCAUCUGAAGCCAGGAACUGCGUACCAGGAUCUUUGGAUGGGAAGAAAGUAGCUGGAAAGAUCAUAGUGUGCGUAAAUGACGAGCCUACCGUGUCAAGGAACAUAAAGAAGUUAGUCGUGGAAGAUGCUAAAGCAAAAGGGUUGAUAAUAAUAGAUUCACAAGAAGAGUCAUCACCAUUCGACUCAGGCACUUAUCCCUUUGCACAAGUUGCAGAAGCUGCAGGCACCAAACUCCUCCACUACAUCAACUCGACUAGAAAUCCUACUGCAACUAUACUCCCAACGAAGGUGAUAGAGAACUCAAGACCGGCUCCAGUUGUAGCAGAUUUCUCAUCAAGAGGUCCUGGAAGGCUUACAGAAAAUGUUCUCAAGCCCGACAUCAUGGCUCCAGGAGUAGCCAUCUUGGCUGCAAUUACGCCCAAGAUAGAAUCAUUCUACGGCGCACCAGGGAAUAAACCAUCACCAUUUGGCAUUAAGUCAGGAACAUCAAUGGCUUGCCCGCAUGUCACGGGUGCCAUGGCAUUCAUCAAAUCAGUGCACCCCGAGUGGAGCUUCUCCAUGAUCAAAUCUGCAUUGAUGACAACAGCCUCCACUGCAGACAACAUGGGGGAGCCAUUGACAAACACCACAGGGACUGCUGUCGAUCCCCACCAAGCUGGUGUUGGAGAAAUCCAACCCAUCAAAGCUCUCGACCCCGGCUUAGCAUUCGAGACAACUGCUGUAGAUCACUUCAAUUUCCUGUGUUACUAUGGCUACAAACAGAAAAUCCUAAGAUCGAUGUUCAACAACAACUUCACCUGCCCCAAUAACUUAUCAUCACCAGCCAAACAGCUCAUCUCCAGUAUCAACUAUCCCACCAUUUCCAUAGAGAGGCUCAGCCGUCACAAUGGACCAAGAAAGGUGAAAAGGGUGGUCACCAAUUUAGGAUCAUCACACAUCAUUGCUACUUAUGUCCCCUCUGUAAAUUCUCCUCCUGGCCUGGCAGUUAAGGUUGUCCCUAAGAAGCUUGUCUUCAGACGAGGAAUGAGAAAAGCAUCUUUCAAGGUUUUCUUUGAUGGUAAGAAAGCACACAAGGGAUAUAACUUUGGAGACAUAAGAUGGUUCGAUGGAUCCCACAUCGUCCGCGUUGUUUUUGCAGUGAACGUUGUGUGAUAGUAAGUUGUGCAUCUUUUGGGUUUAAACAUGUACAAACAUACAUACAUACAUACGUAUAUUAAUAAAGUUUGUACAAUAACAAAAGGCCAUGUUGACAAUUCUUUCAGCAUGCAAGUAAUGUGUGUCACAUUUACACUUUUAAUAAAAACACUAAG